GCAGAGGAGGGUGGCGGCUGAGUCCCAGCCGGACAGAUCGGGAGUCGAGCGGCAGCGCCUCCAGCUCAGUAAUCGCCCAGAGCCCGGCGCCGCCCGCCGCCUCGCCGGCCACCUUGUGACGCGGGCAUGAGCCUGUCCCGCGGCCCCGCCGAGCCAGUGCCCCGGUCCGGGCCUCGGCGCCCAGCGAGCACCAAGCGAAGGAACUGUUAAAACAAUGCUGAGGCGGGUGAGGUGAGGAGCAGCCUGGAGGAACACGGACAGAUUACAGACAGAGUGCAUCUGGAACAGGUGAUCAGUGGAGUCGGAGACCUGGUCCACCUGGGCAUUGCUCCCUGCCUCGGCCCAGCCCGGCGCCCCGCCCCAAAGACGAGCCGGUGGGGCCACCAUGGCGACCAAUUUCAACGACAUCGUCAAGCAGGGCUAUGUGAAGAUGAAGAGCAGGAAGCUUGGGAUCUACCGGAGGUGCUGGCUGGUGUUCCGGAAGUCCUCAAGCAAGGGCCCCCAGCGGCUGGAGAAAUAUCCGGAUGAGAAGUCUGUGUGCCUCCGAGGCUGCCCCAAGGUGACUGAGAUCAGCAAUGUCAAGUGCGUCACGCGGCUCCCCAAGGAGACCAAGAGGCAGGCGGUGGCCAUCAUAUUUACUGAUGACUCUGCACGCACCUUCACCUGCGACUCAGAACUGGAGGCAGAAGAGUGGUACAAGACACUGUCUGUGGAGUGUCUGGGGUCACGGCUUAAUGACAUCAGUCUGGGAGAGCCUGACCUCUUGGCCCCUGGGGUGCAAUGUGAGCAGACAGAUCGCUUCAAUGUCUUCCUGCUGCCCUGUCCCAACCUGGACGUGUACGGCGAGUGCAAGCUACAGAUCACCCACGAGAACAUCUACCUCUGGGACAUACACAACCCCCGCAUCAAGCUCGUGUCGUGGCCUCUGUGCUCCUUGCGCCGCUAUGGCCGGGACGCCACACGCUUUACCUUUGAGGCAGGCCGGAUGUGCGAUGCUGGGGAAGGGCUCUACACCUUCCAGACACAGGAAGGAGAACAGAUUUACCAACGGGUCCACAGUGCCACCCUGGCCAUCGCUGAGCAGCACAAGCGGGUCCUACUGGAAAUGGAGAAGAAUGUGAGGCUGCUGAACAAGGGCACUGAGCAUUACUCGUAUCCCUGCACACCCACUACCAUGCUGCCCCGCAGUGCCUACUGGCACCACAUCACAGGUUCCCAGAACAUUGCCGAAGCCUCCAGCUACACUGGUGAGGGGUAUGGGGCAGCCCAGGCCAGCUCAGAAACAGAUCUUCUCAACAGAUUCAUCCUGUUAAAGCCAAAGCCCAGCCAGGGGGACAGCAGCGAGUCCAAGACCCCUUCCCAGUGACAACAGGGCUGGUGGGUACCAACGACUGCUGAGGCCACCUGUUGCAGAGCUGACUGCAGUGUCCGGUGGACAGCCUCAAGGGGCUGUUGCCAAGGGCCUGGAGAGAGGGCGAGCUGUUCCUCCCUUGCCCCCAAGGGUGUGGCUGGACCAAGGCAAAGGGCUGGUCACCCACCUGAGCAUGUGAGGGGAUAAGCUACCGUGGGACUAUAUACUGUUCAUGAUUUUAAUAUAUAUGGCUUACGACAUACUCUAUAUAAUGAAAUUUUCCCCAUCCCUCCUACCAACACAUAACACGUUUUUUAAUGCCAUGACCAAGCCAUGGUCAAGGUGGUUUUGGAGUAUGAGGGCAGCUGUUUCCUUGCCCUCUGUUGUACAGCCCUCCUGCUGCAGGACCUGAGCUGCCAGGACCAGCGGAGGGACAAUCAGAACUUGAGGGUGGUGUGCCUGCUAGCUUUUUCCAAGCAGCCCAGGGGUGAAGACAGUAGGUGACUUCUCAAUUCUCUGGUCAUGGAGUGAUACAGGAAGGAUGUGAACUUUCCCUGUGCCACUUGGCAGCUUUCCACUUGGAGUUCUAAGCAGAGGUGACAUCUGGUUGAUGCCUCGGGUGAAAAUCUGGUUUAAAAUGUACUUCCUGCACAGGCUGCUUCCUGCUUAGCAGGCUACGAAGAUGCCCUUGGAGUAGUGGUGCUGUUACCUCAGCUGGGUGCAGGAUGGGGGGCCAAGCAGGAAGGCCCAGUAGGACUGCUGUGGGGAGUACCCCUGCUGCCCCUCACUGCAUAGGGGUUGAUGUUGCCCCAACAGGGGUAGCCCCUCCACCCUGAGCCUGGCCACCCCAUACCAGGGCACUCAAAACCAAGACCUUCCCAUCCCUGCUCCCCACAUGGUGCUGAGGCUCCCUGCUGAAAUGCAAUUAAAGCAAUUGAUUUUCUAGUGCUGGUAUUUAUUGACUACCGUGCAGAAGGGCUAUCUUUCUAUUCACAUCAAACCUUUGGUUGUGUGAGUUUUUGUUGAUUGUUUUUUUAAAAUUUUAGGGCUCUGAUUUGUGGGAACAGACCUACUUGUAAAUAACUACUGUUCACAUUUGUGGCAGGAUGACAAAGCAGGAGCCCCCCCCUCACCCCCCACAAGCCCAGAGCCAGGGUUAUGGCACAGCCAGCUCAGCUCUGAAUGUGACCCAGGGAAUGAUCACCCAGAGCAAGCUAGUGUGCUGGGGAGCUGGGGUCCGAAGCCCUUGGGGAGGGAGAUAAGAGCUGGCUGGCUCAGCUAGUGGCACGAUGACGCAUGAAGGAGAUUAUGUUGUGCUCUUUAUUGCCAAAAAUAAAAACUUUUCAAAAGACAA